AGCAAUGAGCGUCCUUCCUGCCUGGCUCCCUUUGUCUUUCGCGGAGGAGGAGGAGGCGUUGGGCUCAGGAGUCGGUAUAAAGGAGGAGCCCAACGAGGAAGAGAUAUACUUGGAGAUCAAGGAAGAACCAUAUGACGACAACGUGGACGAAGAAGAAGAAGAAGAAGAGAUUAAGGAAGAACCAUAUGACGACAACGCGGACGAAGAAGAAGAAGAGAUUAAGGAAGAACCAUACGACGACAACGUGGACGAAGAAGAAGAAGAAGAAGAAGAAGAGAUUAAGGAAGAACCAUACGACGACAACGUGGACAAAGGAAGGGUCAGAGAAGCCGGCGAAUUCCUCUUCGUUGGGGAUCUUCAGGACCUCGGAUGUGAAGGGAACAAAGAAGAAGAAGAAGAAGAGCUGAGGGAUUUCGUCGAGGGUCGUAAUUCCCCGUCGAGAGUGACCUUUCCGGUCGAGGAACUUGGGACGAAAAGCUCGUCCGAGGAAGAGGAUCCGGCGGAGGGGAAGGGAAGAGAGAAGGAAGAAGGAAGAAGGGAAGAGAGGAUAGGGGAAGCGGAGAGGAAAUUCCAACGCCUUUUGUGCGAGGUCUGCGGCAAGACGUUCCAUAAUAAGGCGUACAUAAGGAUUCACAUGAGAGUCCAUACUAAAGAGAAGCCCUACAGCUGCGUGUUCUGUAGCAAGGCUUUCUCGAGCAAGAAGGGCCAGGCGAGGCACGAGAGGGUCCAUACCAAGGAGAAGCCUUACACGUGCGAGAUCUGCGGCCGAGCGUUCUCGCAGAAGAACAGCCUCGUCAAGCACACCAGAGUCCAUACGAAAGAGAAGCCCUAUCCAUGCGAGAUCUGCGGCCGAGCCUUCUCGGAUAAAUUCAAUUUACGGCAGCACAGGAGGGUACAUACAAGAGAGAAGCCGUACGUGUGCGAGAUAUGCCACAAGGCCUUCUCACAGAACAGCGUCAGGGUGAUGCACAUGAGGGUACAUACGAGAGAGAAGCCCUAUAGCUGUGAGGUCUGCGCCAGGGCCUUCUCGCAGAACAGCUCCCUGGUCCAGCACAUGAGAGUACAUACGAAAGAGAAGCCCUUCAACUGCGAGAUCUGUGGCAAGUCCUUCACCGUGAAAUGCAGUCUAGUCAAGCACAUGAGGGUACAUACCAAGGAAAAGCCCUACAGUUGCGAGAUGUGCAGCAUGGCCUUCUCGCAGAAGAACAGCUUAGUGAAGCACAUCAGAGUCCAUACUAAGGAGAAGCCAUUUAGCUGUGACAUCUGCAGCAGAGCAUUUUCCGACAAAUUCAAUUUAGGGCAACACAUAAGAGUCCAUACGAGAGAGAAGCCGUACGUCUGCGAAGUUUGCAACAAGGCAUUUGCACAAAAUAGGUCCCGAAUGAUACACAUGCGGCUACAUACAAAGGAAAGGCCUUACGUCUGCGAAGUUUGCAACAAGGUAUUCACUUGGCAGAGUAAUUUCAUAACGCACAUGAGAGUCCAUGCCAAGAAGCCCAAUACCCCGUGAGGUUGAAAUUAUCAGGUGCUAAAUGAUAAGUAAUAUAAUUUUUGGAUAAUUAAAUUAAUAUUAAUCU